GUGGGAACUAUAUAACUGUGGGGAGACUUCGCAAGAACUGCCCUGAUAGCAAAGACAUGCAAAGACAUGUCUUCAUCGUUUUGACCGAAACCCAUUUGGCUGCAAUGUUGCUGACUGAAGCCCUGCAUCGUUGGGGGUAGAGAAAAGAACAUGUUUGCACCAUGCUCGAUUCCGCUAGAUUUAGAUCGCUGGUUCGCUCAGGCUUUGCAUAGAGUAGGAACAUGCCAAAGCGAUGCGUGAGGAGUGGACUUCCAGUGCUGGCACUGCUGGCUUGUUGGAUGCAUGUCCAACGUCCGGACAUGGGCUGAGCCUUGUGGCACAGGGCCCUGCCGCAUGGCGCGUGGCCCUGCAUGGCGCGACGAGUGAACGGAGCCGCAAGCUACAGACUGCAAGGAGGUCCUGCUCAAGUACAUCUCACAGAGUCGAGCAGAUCAUUGACGUUGACGAGGCAACUAGGGCUGAGAAGGUCUUGUUGGUUCAGAUUGUGAAGCAGAAUGCGGUCCCAGGCAUUCUGGAAGGUUUUAACAUGAAUCUUGGCGAUUGGAAGGGCCGGGCUGGCUUUUGUGGCACACAUGUGCACUGGGGCACCCUUCUCUACACGGAGAGUGCCAAGAUAGUUCGGAUCGAUCUAGUGUCAAACAUCGUAAACUUCCAAGCGGAUGCACGUAUGAAGAUGCACGAAGGAUUGGAAGCCAAUUUGAAUUGGAAGCAAGUCGGCCCCCAGGCUUGGGUCACUCGUGAUGUAACAGUGGAUGACCUGUGGAAGUCUGCACGGCCUCAAGAGCAGUACAUCUUCUGCGGCCCAAUGAGCAACAACUGCCAAGAUGUGGCCAAUCGUGUUUUUGCACAUGCGACAGGCACACCCUUUGAGAGAAACUAUGACCCGGAGAAGUGGUUUGUCGCGUCGAUGCGGACAUUCAGUUCGUUCAGUCGAUUCCAGGCAACAAUGUGAAGGAGCCGGAGUGGGUUCGAACGAUGUUGGACACAUGUCCGAAACUGCGAGCGUACAUCAGCAAACAUCAAGAGAACUUGUGCCAAACCCGCAAUUUCAUGCGAGGUGUUGCAAAUGGCCUUAUCCAAACCAGUGUUGUUAUCAUCGCCCAUGCUUCGCUCUUGCACACGGAGGUCAAGCAACUACAGUCUAAUCUGGAUGCGUUGCAACCAGCCAUACAAGACCUUGAUGCAGACCUCAAGAAUGCACACCAUGCACUUGAAGUUGCCAAGAACAAUGCGCAAUAUUCCACGGCUGUCCAGGAUCUCCUGAAGGCUGUACAUUCAGUAUGCGCGAGAGCAGCCGUGAUCCUCGAAAGGCUCGACAGCAUCAUUCAGGAGGUUGACAGCAGUGAGAAGGAGGCAAAACAAGGAAACUUGAACUCAGCUUUCCUGCUUUUCAGUGGCUGUGCGGCUGUCAUCGGCGCGUCAAUAGCCGCCAUAGGACUCGGAGCAGCUACAACAGUGCUGGCGGAAGAGGUUACACUGCUUAGAAUUGCUGGAGUGACAGGAUGUGUGAGUGGAUGUGUUGGCAUCGCCAUCACCGAUGAGACAAUAAAAUUGUGCAAACAAGUGAGGAGUAGCGCACAGGUCCGCCACGACAAUAUCAAGGAAAUGCGCAAGGACCUCACAAGUGGGCUUGCCCAGUACUACCUGGAUAAACCUGAAGCAUAUUGUGCAGCUGUCUGCGAUCAUGAUACCUCCAAAAGCCCGAUCAAGCGGGAGAGGGGAAACCCGAUCAAGGAAGAGGUUGACGACUUGCUGAAUGGGCUACUGCUUGAGCGUCCUGAUAAAGCUAUUGACUUUAUAGCCAACUUCCCCAAAAAGGCCGAGCUUGUGAAACAUAGUGACCUUGUGGACCGCGAGCUGAUUGUUACCAUUCUAAAGCAUUGGCGGGUUGAGGAGGGAAAGCCUUUGGCUUGGCAAGUGGAAAGACUGCUGAAACUCGAACAAUGUGGUUGCCUCUUGCAACGUGUUCUCGACUGGGAAGCACAGCUGGCGAGAGAUGUUCUUGGAGACAAGGUCGGCAAAUACGACAAGCAGACAUUCCGUAAGCUUGUCACAAAAUUCCACCCUGACCGAUACGAAGGAGAGGAACUCAUGAAGGCCUUGAACCACAUGCGAGACACGUUCUCGGAGCAGAAACCAGCCAGAAACCUGUUUCAAGAUCAACCCCUACAAGGUAAGGGCUGGGCCAGAUCGCCUUGCAACUCUGAAUCCAUCAACUCGUUUUGGAAGGAGAUGCAGAACGCUCAGAAUGUCUCUGAGCAACCAAAUGACCGCCAGAGAUCACCUCCAAACGUGGAGUGCUGCCGAAUUGUUUUUGGUGGCCCUCGCAAGGAUGUGUUGUUGGCGAACCUUCUGCUGGUCAAGGCCUCUCGAGAUGUCUUGGAAAAAUCCAGUGCUUACUUGGAGGAGAUCAUUGCCGCCAAUGAGGAUGAUGAUGUGGCUUCCAAGCUCUACAAAUACAUAGAGCUGCAAAAACUGGAGCAUGAACUUCCCGAAAGAGUGGAGACAUUCAAGAAAUGGCUCCAGGACACAUCGCGCCUGGAAGAUUUUGCACGCUUUACUUUUGCCACGUAAAUUCCAGUGCGCACACGGAGUGGUUAUGCCUAAUGGCCUUCAUGGUUUGCAUCGCUGAAAUGCGGCCUGAAACCAUCUGAUA